CUCCCGGAGGCGAGGGGGGCGCGGGCGGAUGGCGGAAGGCGCCCAGCCGCAGCAGCCGUCUCAGCUCGGGCCCGGCGCCGCUGCCCGGGGCAUGAAGCGGGAGUCGGAGCUGGAGCUGCCGGUGCCCGGAGCGGGAGGAGACGGAGCCGAACCCGGCCUGAGCAAGCGGCCGCGCACCGAGGAGGCGGCGGCCGACGGCGGCGGCGGGAUGCAGAACGAACCUCUGACCCCAGGUUAUCAUGGAUUCCCAGCGCGGGACAGCCAGGGUAACCAGGAGCCAACAACAACUCCUGACGCGAUGGUUCAGCCUUUUACCACCAUCCCAUUUCCACCACCUCCACAGAAUGGAAUUCCCACAGAAUACGGAGUGCCACACACUCAGGACUAUGCCGGACAGACCAGUGAGCAUAACCUGACCCUCUAUGGAAGUACGCAAGCCCACGGGGAGCAGAGUAGCAACUCACCCAGCACACAGAACGGAUCUCUCACGCAGACAGAAGGCGGAGCACAGACAGACGGCCAGCAGUCACAGACACAAAGUAGUGAAAAUUCAGAGAGUAAAUCCACCCCUAAAAGACUGCAUGUCUCCAAUAUUCCUUUCCGCUUCCGGGACCCUGACCUCCGACAGAUGUUUGGGCAGUUUGGCAAAAUCCUAGAUGUAGAGAUAAUCUUUAACGAACGUGGCUCUAAGGGAUUCGGGUUCGUAACUUUCGAGACUAGUGCCGAUGCAGACAGGGCCAGGGAGAAAUUGCACGGCACCGUGGUAGAGGGCCGUAAAAUCGAGGUGAAUAAUGCUACAGCACGCGUAAUGACCAACAAGAAGAUGGUCACACCGUAUGCAAAUGGUUGGAAACUAAGCCCAGUGGUCGGCGCUGUCUACGGCCCCGAAUUGUAUGCAGCAUCCAGCUUCCAAGCAGAUGUGUCCCUAGGCAACGAAGCAGCAGUGCCCCUCUCAGGACGAGGGGGCAUCAACACUUACAUUCCUCUAAUCAUUCCUGGCUUUCCCUACCCAACUGCAGCCACCACGGCGGCCGCUUUCAGAGGAGCCCAUCUGAGGGGCAGAGGGCGGACGGUGUACGGUGCAGUCCGAGCGGUACCUCCAACAGCCAUCCCCGCCUACCCAGGUGUGGUUUACCAGGACGGAUUUUACGGUGCUGACCUCUAUAUAGAAUCUGCAAACUGCUUCAGAUCAAACAGGGUGGCUAUGCAGCCUACAGAUACGCACAGCCCGCUACUGCAACCGCAGCCACAGCCGCUGCCGCCGCCGCGGCCGCCUACAGCGACGGCUAUGGCAGGGUGUACACAGCCGACCCCUACCAUGCCCUUGCCCCUGCCGCUAGCUAUGGAGUUGGCGCUGUGGCGAGUUUAUACCGAGGUGGCUACAGCCGAUUUGCCCCCUACUGAAGUGACGUGAGACCCUGCAAGUGGGACAGCCCCCAGUUCAUGAGGCCUGGCUAUUGCAAUAUUUACUAGUAGAGGAACUCUAUAGCAAGAUGAAGAGGAAAAACAAACAAACAAAAAACACAAAAAAAGAGAGAAUACUUUUUUAUACCUCACUAUGUUCUUUGAAUAUGUAUUUUUCCUUUAAAUUUCUGCCUUUAAUUCUUUUGUUCCAAAGAUUGUGCAUUUUUUUUCUUUCUUUUUUUCUUUUUUUAACUGUGGUAAAAAAAAAUAAUAAUGCAUUUCCAUGUCUGUAUGUCCGUGCUUAGCUUAUUCUGUCAGUCACGGAAGAGGAAGUGAAUGAGGAAGGAGAGACAUUAGGAGCUGAUAAAUGCAUCUGAUCAGAAAUCAGCAGACAGAAUUACCAAAGUGUUUCUGGUGCAGACUGGACGAGACUUUUCCACAACAGCGUCGUCUUCCGGUCUUCUGAGUGUCUGGGCUUUGGCGGGCGAUUCUGAUUGGCUGUGGCUGGAGUCCACCUGCUGACACGCAGGCGUCUGUGCUUGCACAGCAGGGCCGGCUCCUCUUCCCACCCUGUCUCCCCCGUUCUUUUCACAGUCACCUUACACACACAGCCUGAGACGUUGGCAGAGCUUUUGGAAUCCUAGCUCUCAGACUGUGGAUGGUAAACACCUCAUUAGAAAACCAGUCUCCAAGUGAACUCUGGAGUGUGCAAGCGAUCAUUUCGUUUCUUUCCUGUAACCCUGGCGUUCCUGCGGGGCUGCUUCCCCUUUUAACUGAACCACGGCUUAGCUUUUCUCUUCUUUUGUUAACGUGCUGCUCCCAUGUCCUCAAAUUCAGGAAUUUAGGAGCCAGGGACGGGAAGAAUGCGUAGUCCAGGGCCAGAUUCCCCACUCGCUGGGCCCAGUGUUGAGAAACAGAGAGAAGGGCGAGGGCAGGAAUGUUAGACCUGCUGUUCCCGCUCUUGCAUCAGGAAGUCCAUACAGACAGAGUACAAAGUAGAGUAAGGAAUCUGCUGGGCAGGGAACGGCCCAGCGCCAGGCCAGCUGUCCCGGGAGCGUCGUGAGCAGGACAUGUCAGGGCAGCCAGGGCACGCUGUGCUCGCUCCAAAGCCAUAGGAAUUUUCAUCUUCCAGAGACUCUGGGAGUCCCUUCUCUGUCCAGUUUCAGCCCUCGUGGCUGUCCCAACCUGCUUCUCGCCCUCCUCCAAAGACGCCCCGCUGAGCACCUGGACUUCUUGGUACAGCUAACACCACAGGACUCGGGGCCGGAGCCCCUGAGCUUGCUCCCUUCCCGCAGCGGAGGGGGCGCGUACGGCAAGGAGCUUCCAUGUUGCCAGGGAGAGCAGUGAGUCACUGCUGUCCGGCUCUGGCUCCCCCUUGGUUAUGACCGAGGUAGGAGAGAAAGCGCUUCUCUCCUAGGACUGGACAGAGCCGACGGGGCAAGGCUCCCACGGCACUUCCGGAUGAAGGCAUUAGAACCUGGAAAAGCACGCCUGUUGGGCCCCCUGGCCGACCCGCAUUGGUACUAGGGUGACCUUUCACCCCAGGGAUAGCUGCUAACGGGAGCAGCAGAGACGUGGCGUUGCUGCUUUGUUAUGGGGCUGCUGGGGUCUGGUGUUUGCUCGCUCCGCCUCCACAUAUGUUCUUGACUGCCAGCUGACUCACGCCCCUGAAUUCAAAUGACUGACGUGCAGCAGCAUUGAGCCGUCUACGCGGAGUGCUGUGUGCCGGGCUGUGUACACAGACCUCCGCUCGGGGACGUCCCAGAGCCGUUCUCCAUCCUGGGAGGACCCCGCUGCCCCUCGAGGGCGCCCCUCCCCUCAAGCCCACGUCAGGUUUGUUGCUGUGCAGCCCAUUUCUGUUGAAAUAUAAAUAUUUUAGUUAGAGGAGGGGGAUGGGUCACAGUUCCAGGGCCUGGGGGCGAGGAAGAGUUCCUCUUCCUUUGAUUUCAAGGGAGAACUUGUACUGACAAGGAAGCAAGUUUGGGUCAUUCCCAGACGGGGCCACUCCCACGUGCCCCGUGGCGGCGAGGCCCGGUCUUCCAUGGCUGUGGGCAUAGUGGGAGAUUGGGGGGUGCGUGUGAGACAGCCUCUCCUCUUUCCGAGAGAGAGGUAAGGAUGACGGAGAGGUCGGGGAGGCAGCUCCACGCCCUGUGCAAGAGGCGGCUGGAGCGUGAGCUCCCUCGUGUGCAUUUCAGCUCAGCUGGUCCUGGCUGAGGCCCCGCAGGCAAGCUCUGGUUCCCAGGAGGGCGCUGCUCCACGUUCAGUGGCUGUGCAGUGCCGCUUCCUCCAGCUCCUCUCCUUAGCGAGGUGAGGUGCGCAUCUGCUUUUUACAAAGGGGCUUGGGUUUUCAGUGCUCAGAACAGAAUCGGGGCCCUCACAAGCGAUUGGAUUUCACCUGUCAGCCGCCCCUCCCCUUCCUCCGCCACCGCCACCUCCUCUCCCGCCUCCACGUUUGAACCGUGAGAGUCCGCACGUGAGCUCUGCCCAGGCCCGAGCUGCGGUGCGUGCGUGCUGCUGGCUCUUCUGUCGGGUUAGGAAGCAGCCAGACAGCUGGGCGCGAGCUCAGCUCAGCGCUUUGGGGGAUGCUGGCUGGUGGUCCCAGAAAGCUCGCCGAGGACACAGGACACAGCGAUGUUCUCAGCUUCACUGCUGUGGGUCGCCUGGACUUCCCGUGCGAAGCGGCUCCCCCCAGAGGCCAGCUCUCUCGGCCCGGAGAGCCGCCUGCAGGUCUCCUCCAGAAUCCCUAGUCACUCAGUUCCACCCUCGAUUAACUGGGAUCUGCCAUCGUGAUUCAUCAUGGUUACGGCUCUGGGCCUUAACAGAAACCUGCUAUCGCCAUCAUCCUUCAACAGCCACUGGCUGGGUUCAACCAACACGGUUUUUUCCUUGAGAAAGAAGUAGACUGGGCUCAGCUGCCAGCUUAGAGCUGGUGCGUAGAAGCCAGGAAAGCAGCCGUCCCUGCAGCACGGGACUCCUCAGGGCUGAACGGCUCAGCUGACGCUCUCCCAGAGAGGUAGCAGCUGAGUCGGCUGAUCACCACCCCAUAAUAGUCACGAAGCUUCCAGAGAACGGGCGAAAGCAGUCCCCGGGAGAUGCCAGAGCGCCCAGGGGCGUCUGCGAGGCACUGGGCGGUGAGGGGAGGCUCCCUGCAGCACGGUCCCAUGGCCGAACUGCGCACUUCCCCGCCCGGCCAGGAGGAGAGGGGGUGGCGAGGAGAGGUCGUGGUGUUUUCAAAGUUUGCACUGUUUUAAGAUAGGAAACGAUUAGUGGGCAAGGUGAACAUCAGACGUAAAUUUGUGUGUUUUUAUUUUGUCAUGCUCUUGAGAAUGUUUGACCAUUUGUAGUAUACACCAGUGAAACUUGAUUCCCUGUGACAUGCAACACUAUCUAUUUUGGGGAAAUGUUCCCUUCGAAAGCCUCCUCCAGCCCUCUGCCUGCCUCGUGCACUUCCUCCACGCUUGCUUUGCUGACCGCCUGGGCAGUAGCCAUCGGGAGCUAGACGGGAAACAGGGCCCUUCCCAAGCAGGCUCUGGGUGUCCUCGGCCAGCGGCUGCCCUCCAAGUGGGUGAGUGUGGGAGGGUCCCUGGCACCCUGCUUUGGAAAGAAGGCUUCCACCCCAGACCGGGCUCCGGCCCGUCGUCAGCCUCCUGCUCCCAUGCACCAGGCCUAGGGCGCCGGGGGGCCGCGGGAGCUCCCAGAGCUGGGCGCUUGGCUGGGGCGGCUGUGCCCUUGUCCACGUUACCGCAGCUGUAGCCAGGUACAGUUUACUCAGGAAAACGGUAGAUCAAUUCAGCCAUGGUAGUACUGGUUGGCAGGGGUCGGUAACCGAGACAAGCACCCGGCAGCCAAACACAGGCCUUGCCUUUAAGGAGACGGGCAGCCUGGGGACGCGGUCCUGUCCGCCUGGUGGUAGCACCGAGGGCUCCGCUCACCCUGGCAGGCAGAAAGGGAAUGGGGGCUCUCUUCCCCCGCCCCUGCCGCCCUCACCAGAUCCCCAGGGGUGCACACGUUUUUGAAGUUUUAAGUGAAUUUUUUUUUGUUUGUUUUUUCCGGGGCCUGCGGAGUGCUUUAAGCUCCGUGCGGGGCGCAGCGAGCCUCGCCGCCCAGGGGUCUCCGUGUUUCUGUUCACAGUAUUGUGUGUGCGUGCUUGUGGGGCAGCCCCUGCGGGCUGUAGUACAUAGCGAGUGAUGACGUGACCCUCUUUUUUCCCUAAGGGACAUGAACCGUUUUUUCUUGUGUUACAAUUCUGCUUGUGAGUAGCUGGACAAGCCGGGCUGCGUGGCGGAGCGGACCUGCCCGAGUCUCUGAACUUUUCAGCCCAAAUCUUUGCCAGGCUCCCAAUGCCACAGAACCUCUCCUCCGCUCCCCACGGCGGGGACUGGCCCAUCCCCACACGGGCCACGCGUUCUCCAUGGCCCCUCCCCUUGCCAAGGCAAACAGGUACGGCGGGGCCGGGGGGGGGGGGGGGCUUCCCGUGGGAUGCUCGUGCAAUUGACAGCCACUCUGCUGCCCUUCCCCAUCCGCCCCCAGAAUCACGCCCUGGGACACCCGAGCUGCUCGCCCAGGGUCCUGUUUCCCUGCUAACCCCGAGAAGCGCAGGGCUUUCUGGGCCGCGACCCCUCCCUUCUCGUUAAGAUCAUAAUUGUAUAGUAGCCGUCAGACCGUACAGUAUUCAUUGGGUUACUCCUAUUAUUAUCAAGUAGCUGGAAUUGUGAAGGUCGGAGUAGUUAGAUCUUAGCUUUUAUUCCUUAUUUUUUUGUAUUACUCUCCAUGUGUAUAAAUUAUUGAUCAUGUUGCUGGCUUUUAUAAACUAAGCAGAGGAGGGGUACUGGCCCAGCCUUUGUAAAUGGUAAUGAAGCACUGUUUUUAAAUAAAAGAGAGAAA